CUACCCCUUGGGUCGAGGGCUCAGUUCCGUGGAGUUGGGAAGCCUGGUAGCAGCUCUGUGGAAAAUCUCUGACUAAGUGCUUGGCAUAAAAACGGGAAAUCGGAAAACGGGAAACACGGGAAAAACUUGUUACCAUUCGGGAUGGAUAAGCUGAGAGCCAACAAUACCGGCGGAGAGAAUCCCUUCAAGCGGCCAAUGAAUGCCCUGCAGAAGCAGUGGUAUCGCGUCCUUCUGGCCAGGAGAGUGGGAUUCGGGCAACGCCCGCCGCCGGAUGAGAAGGAGGUAACCUACUCCGAUAUUUGUCGUAAGCGUUACGCGGCCUCCUUCCGGCGAUACAACGAACGUUUCCGCCGGGAAAUGGCCAAGCACGAGGAGAUGCAGCGAUGUGCCAUCGAUGCCAUGAGGGUGCACAGAACUUUCGCUAUAACAACACUGUGGCUGCCAUUGCACUCGAAGCGGGAAAUAAACUCGACUCUGGAGACCCUCGAACAGGUACUCACCGCCAAGGAAAGACGACGCCUGCAGGAGAUACUCAAACAGAACGAUUCGUGGAAUCCGCGUCGGUGAAGCAAAAAAUAGACACUUCCAAAGGCGGCUACUUGGCAGAUUCAAGCAUCCAGCAUCCAGAUUUCAGCUUCAGAGCCUGGAACUGACUCAUCUUUAUCCUCAUCCUCCCUGUCAUCAUCAUCUGCCAUGGCUAAGUGAAUUCCAUUUAGCUUGGAUUUCACUUUGCCUGAGAGUCGGAUUAUUCCAGGCUCACUUCACUUUUGUAUUUUUCACUUUUUCUUUGUUUUGUUCUUGAAAAUUCGCU